CUAUGCCACGUGUACGGUUGGGAAUUCAACGCUGAUUUAUAAUUACUAUUUUGUGAGUUGUGAGAAACUAAUUUACGAGCGUUGCACUUAAAAACAUUGCAGAGACGGUUUUUCGUAUCUCUUGAAUAGGGAGCUUUCCCCUCCUUUUUAAAAUGCAUUUCCAUCUCUUUCGCUCGAAACCAGAAGAAAAUCAGUUCCUCCAAAAUCUCCAUCGAAAACCCUAACUCUCUUUCCCGUCGCCUCCAGAUCUAUCCCACCGUCAAUCUUCCUUCGAUUCCCUUGGAUAUCAGAUCCAGACCUCCAAAUCCAACCGUCGAUCGGCGUUUCCUACGAUCGUGAUCUCCCGCCACCACCAAAUGGCCAAAGAAUUCACCGUUCCGCCGGUCAUCUUCCCAUCAGGCGGUAACCCUGCCGCCGCCGCUGGGGCCCACCAGCGCCGGCAUCCGGUGGCCCCGUUCCAGCCUCCCCCAAACCCCUCCCUUCCUUUUAUGUCCUUUGACAUCGGAUCGGCCGCGUCCGCCUCCUUCUCCGCUCCCGCCUAUGGUGUGGUGGGCCCCACUUUCGAAGAUGAGCUCCCCUUACUUGAGGAGCUCGGCAUCAACACCCGCCAAAUCUGGCGCAAGACCACCUCCAUCCUCAACCCCCUCAGGCUGAAUCCCGCCAUCCAUGAGGACGCCGAUCUAUCCGGGCCGUUCAUCUUCAUCACAGCCUUUGGCCUGUUCCAGCUUCUCGCUGGGAAGCUCCACUUCGGCAUCAUCCUGGGGUGGGUCACAGUGUCGUCCCUCUUUCUGUAUGUUGUCUUCAACAUGCUUGCGGGCCGCAAUGGGAACUUGGAUCUCUACCGUUGCUUGAGCCUGGUGGGGUACUGCAUGCUGCCGAUGGUGAUCUUCUCGGCGGCAUCACUCUUUGUUCCGGAGGGUGGGUCCGUUGUGUUUGGGAUGGCAGCGGUGUUCGUGCUAUGGUCGACGCGUGUUUGCACGAGGCUUUUGGUGGAAUUGGCCUCCUGCGGGGACGAGCAUCGAGGGUUGAUUGCAUAUGCGUGCUGUUUGGUUUACAUGCUGUUCUCGCUGCUUGUGAUAUUCUGAUUCAAGGUUGCUGGUGUGCAUGCUGCCAAACUAUAUGUUCCAUCAUGUUUACUGGAUUUCAUGAUCAUGGUUGGGGACAAGUUGAUCCAAUUCACCAGUGGAGUUUGGAUGCCGAGCUAGAAAUUUCUCUUCACUUAAGUUGAUAAAAGAUUGGAAGCCAGCUUAGACAAUAGAUCCUCAUACACUCAAAUUGGUGGAAGUAUAGAAGUUGGAGGAUCUGUGCUCUUUUGGCAUGUGCAGGCCACAAGGAAACAUGCAAGAGGUUUGAAAACGAAUAGGUGAUUAGACCUUUGAAAUCGGUUAAUCUGGCCCUUCAUGGUGAGUCAUCUUUCUUAGGACAGCUAACUUCAUUUUUUUUUUGUCUGUUUAUGCCGUAUAAUUGCUAUGUUUCCACUUGUGGCGGACUGACUUGUAAUUUGAGCCCUUUUAUCUACUGCUCACGAUUCCAUUUAUUUAUAACAAAAAAAGAAAAGAAAAGAAAGGAAAAGAAAAGCCUGGAAACAACAUUUGGUUUGGGACAAAUGGUUGGCUUAACUUGUGAGCUUGUUCUUUGGUACGAAUUCUGAUUUCUAAUGAUGUAAGAUAGGAAAGGUUAGUGUGGAGGUGGCAGUCAAUUGGAAGGACGACAAAUGAUUAUCUACUUAUCUUAUUGAUUUAUUUAUUAUUAUUAUUUUUUUGUC